AUGUCUCAUGCAAGAGCAAAUAAUUAUGGAAAAAUAAAGCUUGUUCGUGAAUCCAACAACUACAAUACUUUGAUGGCAAUAAUAGCUGCCUUAAAUUCAGCACCAAUUUCACGUCUUCGUAGAACGCGCGAUUUAAUCAAAAAUAAAUCCUGUUUUAAGAAAUUUCUUAAUUUAGUGGCGCUGAUGUCUACUGAAAAAUCAUUUAAUAAUUAUCGUGCAGCAUUAAAAUCUCAAUCAUCUCGUGCUCACGAUGAACAAAUAGGAAUACCAUAUCUUGGUAUUCAUUUACAAGAUUUAUUAUCAAUAGGAGAAGGUAAUAAAAAUUAUCAAGAUGAUGGUAAAAUUCAUUGGAAUAAAUUCUCAUUGAUGGGUGAUAUUAUCAUCAUGAUGCGUAAAUUUCAAAAGUCAUCUUAUAAUCUUAAAAGUAACAAAUUUAUUGAAUACUUUAUUAACGACAUGCCAAUGUUGAGUGAUGAUGAUUUAUAUAACAAGUCAUUGGAACUUGAACCAAGGAUUCGAAGAUCAGCUAGUACAAGUAGAGUUCAUCAUUAA